GCAGCGCCCAUGAUGAAAACAAGUCACUUUCCUCUGCAAUGUUUUCGUCAUUGUAUUGCAUUCCACCCGCAAAAAUUAAUAAAAUCACGCGACAACAAAGCUUGUUACUUAAUAAGCAGGCAUUGUUCCACGAAAACACAGCCUGCUGUACGCGUUAGAUUCGCUCCAAGUCCCACUGGUUAUCUUCAUUUGGGUGGUCUUCGUACUGCUUUGUACAAUUUUUUGUUCGCCCGGUCUCAUAACGGAACUUUCAUCUUGAGAAUAGAAGAUACUGAUCAGAGUCGUGCAGUGCCAGGAGCAAUUGAAUAUUUACAAAAUACUCUUCACUGGGCAGGGAUAGAUCCUGAUGAAGGUCCUGUUGUUGGGGGCAGAUUUGGUCCAUACAUUCAGUCUGAGAGGUUAAAAAUUUAUCAGGAGAACAUUCAAACCCUACUGAAGAAUGGAUGGGCGUAUCGUUGUUUUUGUACAGAGCGUAGGCUGGAACUGAUGCGCAAAGAAGCAGCAAGGAAAGGAGAGCCAUCUAGGUAUGACAACCGCUGUAGAUCACUGGCCCACAGUGAAGUUGAGGCGUUGCUAGCUCAAGGGACAGAGCACGUCAUUAGACUAAAACUUGAGCCGACCCCUGACCCCUGGGACGACAUGGUGAAAGGUGAAACAUCACACGACAUAGAGGACAUAGAAGGUGACCCAGUGCUUAUGAAAUCAGAUGGCUACCCAACAUACCAUUUUGCCAAUGUUGUGGACGACCACCUUAUGGAAGUGUCUCAUGUUUUAAGAGGUUCUGAAUGGUUACCAUCAACACCUAAACAUAUAUUGUUGUAUAAAGCUUUUGGAUGGCAACCACCUAAAUUUGGUCAUAUGCCUCUGAUAGUUAAUCAAGACGGUACAAAAUUAUCAAAAAGGCAAGGUGAUAUCCAUGUAGACUAUUUUCGGGAGCUUGGCUGCUUUCCUCAAGCUGUUCUCAACUACAUCACAACUGUAGGCGGUGGCUUUCAGAAAAGUACAUUGGACAUGACAUUACAGGAAAUGUGUAGCAGUUUUGAUGUGCGCAAUAUCAGGCGCAAUUCAGGUCGGCUAAGUCCAAUGUGGUUGCAAGAGGCUAAUCGGCUGCAUAUUAAAAAAAUGGUCAAUUCUAAUGACGCCAGUGUUGUUGAUGAUUUGGUCAGUCAAGUCAGGCAGCUGGUAGUCAGUAAAUUUAACGACAGACUGGGUGAAGGUGCCUUAAGAGAACAAGUGCUAAGGAAAGAUUACAUUGUUAAAAUAAUACGAUGGAGUUUGCUAGAAGACAGAACUAGCUACCUGACAGAUUUUGUGGGCCCCGACUUGGAAUACCUUUGGGUUACGCCAUCUCCCACAAACCUGACUGAAGUGAUGCUCAUGGAGAAGAAUGCCAUCACACUGCUGACAGACUUCAUGCACUGGGUGUCGUCAGUGGAGGACUUCAGCCUUGACAAUCUCAACACACAGCUCAAACUUUACCUGGCUAGGAAACAGCUCAAGCCGAAGAAAUAUUUUGCAUUGAUAAGGACAGCACUCACUGGGUUAAAGCAAGGCGCACCAAUAGCAGAAAUGUUGCAUGUCAUCGGCCAUGACAACAUAACUCACAGACUUGAAACUGUUCUAGAAAGUUUGAAACAGUUACCUUCUUCUUCGGGUCAAAAUGUGUAAUUUAUCGAACGGGUGAACUUGAACAAUUUAAAUGGAGAAAAAUGUUAUUGUAUGUAAUGCAUGUUUGAAUGAUAUAGUUUGAGAUUUUUCUAAAUUGUGCAUUGUAUAUUGUCGUUAAGAGGAUGUGAAAGCUUUAAAAUUACACAUAUAUACCAUUAGGUCUUAAAUUUCAUUGUACUUGAUAUUCAUGU